AUCCCACGCUCACUUACUUUUCCUGAUGACACUGGCGCUUGACACUUCCAUUAACCCGUAUACACUUGAUAUCAAGUACCAUCCUUCUGGAAUACCUCAAGGAUCAAAAGUUUCAGAGUUACCCGAGAACACAGAAUUGUAUACCAUGUUCACCCCAAAAGCGGAAGUGGGAAGCCCGUUGGCUAUUAAGAACCGAGAUCUCGCCAAGGCGGAGGGGGACAAUAUAAUACUGCGAGGAUUCAACAGUUUCGUGCUGAAAAAUUGGAAGGGAGGAAUGGGGCAAGUGAUACCUACUAUCUAUGAAGCCACCCACGAGCCUAAAGCACACACUCCACUCCACUUGUGGAUAGCUCUGAGGAAAUGGUGGUAUCACGGAAGGAUUAUGAAGAAUGUCAUCAAAGUAUUAAAGACUUACGAAACAGAAAUAUCUGGUUGGAUGACAGAGUUCAACGGUUGGACGAAAGUUAUCAGCGGUCGGAAGAGGCUAAUCGCGAGGUUGGAUGAAUCACACCUUGGAUUAAACAAAGACUCUCAGGGAUGUAAGGGCGGAAGUCAUUGGUUUGAAUAACGAGCUCGUAGAGGAACGGGCAUCACGUGAAAAGAGUGAACAAGAAAUGAGGAGGUACUUGCGCCUUAUCACUCCGCUACAUCUCCGUGUUCUGCUUGGCAAGGCAUGAUAAAAAUUCCUGGUGGAUGUUAAGGCCAAGUGGGAGACCUAUCGUUGUGGGAGAUGACAACAAACUCUCCAAAGAUAUCUUAGAGAAACCCUCUGAUACCUCAUCCUCCGUCUAAUGCGGCAAUCCACUUCCUGUGUUUUACAUCCAAAGGAGUACGGCAUACAGGAAAUGAGGCUGCCCACUGUGCUAGCAGAAGUGACAUUAGGAAGGUUCUCAUGGACGAGCAACUGGCUGACUUGGAUGCUGGGGAACAACGUUUUACUAAACGAACUUUUCGAAUGCACAUAUAGUGAAUCCAUAUAAUUGAUUUUGUUGUUUUUUAUGCUAUAUGAGACAAAUGUUUUUAUGGAGUCAUUUUCAUACUGU